UAUGACUACCGGGUCAUAACCGGUACACUACUUAUAAUAUUAUUAUAUACUAUUUACAGUUAUAUUAGAUGCCGCCAAACAGGGCCCGAUUAUUGGCAAAAACAGGGCGUCAAAAGUGUCCAGGUCAGUUUGUGGUCAAAAUUUACGAAAAAAUGGUCAGACCUGGAACUGGAUCUGUAUCGGCAAAAUGGUCGCCUAUUUGGUGUCCAUGAACUUCAGCGGCCAGUAUUGUUUGUCGGCGAACCCGAACUCAUACGCGAUAUACUGGUCAAAGAUUUUCAUAUAUUCAAUGCCCGUCGAGACUUUCGGACCGGUUCUAACCCGUUGUUCGACAAUCAGCUAACGUUUGUCGACUAUCACGACUGGCAACGGAUCCGCUACGCAAUGUCACCGACCUUUUCGACGGGAAAACUCCGAGGAAUGAUGCCUAUGAUCCGAGACUGUGUCCACCGAAUGGACAGAAAUUUACGUAAAAUUGCCGACAAUGGUGUCGACGACUCGGAUCUCAAACUGGUGUUCGGCGCCUACAGUAUGGAAGUCAUAUGUCAGGUGGCUUUCGGUGUCCGAGUGGACGCACUGAACGAUCCGACCAAUCCGUUAAUAGCCUGUUCUCGGCGUAUAUUUCGACGUAAAUUCAAUCCGAAAGCGAUUAUCAUAUUCUUGAUGCCAGUAUUGGCCAAAGUAUUUAAGUAUACGUUCAUCGAUGACGAUGUGUCCGAUGUUUUCCAACAGUUUGCCCGAAAACUAAUCGAUGAACGACAGCAACAAAACUCGAUGACCACUAUCACCGCCGACGGCGCCGGCAAACGGCUAGACUUUUUGCAGAUUAUGUUGGACUCGACCGAUGAUUCAGUGGUGAAACUUACGGCCAAAGACAUAGAGGAAGAUAUUGGCGAAGAUUUGAAAAGUGAAAAUAAUAGCGAAAAAUAUCGAGAAUUUGAUGGAAAGUUUGAGAAAAAGAUAACCACCGAUGAACUGGUAUCCCAGUGUAUGUUAUUCCUGUUGGCCGCCUACGAGACCACUGCCAGUACCGUAUCGUUCAUACUGUACAAUCUGGCCAACAAUCCCGAGUGUCAACAAAAAUUAUACAAUGAAAUUGCCGACUACUACAGGCAACAUGCUGAUCUCGACUAUGACAGCCUAAACUCGUUGAACUACUUGGACGCUGUCAUCAAAGAGACCAAACGUUACAACUCGGUGGCCCUGUUUCUGGAGCGUACGGCCAGCCAGGACUAUACUACCCGGCCAUUGACUGGAGGCGGUACCGGUAUUCGCAUACGCAAAGGUGACCUAGUUCAUAUACCAUUGUACGCCAUACACCGAGAUCCGGAUCAUUUUGCCGAUCCCGACCAAUUUAAACCGGAUCGUUUUAUGCCGGGCAAUUUAAACCAUCAUCCGUACGCCUAUCUGCCGUUUGGUGCCGGUCCACGAGCCUGUAUUGGUCGCCGAUUGGCGCUUAUGGAGCUCAAGAUGGCUGUCCAGCACGCCGUAUAUAACUAUAGAUUUUUUCCCAGCAAUAAACCAAUAGAGUAUACCUUUGGUGGCGCACAGAUAGUACCGAAAGAGAUAUACCUGAGAGUAGAGAAACGAUAAUUAAGUUUUUUAAAAGUUUUUUUUUUGAUUAUUAUUUUUCUAA